GCGCUGCGGCGACCCCUCCGCCGCCCCGUAGAAAUCUCCGCGGCCCCGGGGCCGCUUGCUUCCUGUUUGUCGGGCGAGGAGACAUGGCGGCGGCGGUGCCGGCGGCGGCUGGGUCUGGGGCCAGCCGAGGGAGACGGUCGGCAGCAACAGAAACAGCCUGGGGCGGAUGGGGCGGCCGGCCGCGGCCCGGUAACAUUUUGCUACAGCUGCGGCAGGGCCAGCUGACCGGCAGGGGCCUGAUCCGAGCGGUGCAGUUCACUGAGACUUUUUUGGUGGAGAGGGACAAACAAUGCAAAUGGAGUGGAAUUCCUCAGUUGCUCCUUAAGCUGUAUGCCACCAGCCACCUCCAUAGUGACUUCGUUGAGUGCCAAAACAUCCUCAAGCUCCUUGUAGAAAUUCUUAUGAGGCCUACAAUCUCUAUCCGGGGACAGAAACUGAAAAUAAGCGAUGAAAUGUCCAAGGACUGCUUGAGCAUCCUGUAUAACACCUGUGUCUGUAGAGGCACAGCCAUUGUCUUUAGUGAAUUGAGCAUGGGGAUUGUUUGUGUCUUCCUACAGGAAAUGAUCCGACUAGAUGAAGUCCCCAAUCUGAGUACUUUAGUAUCCAAUUUCGAUCAGCAGCAGCUUGCUAAUUUCUGCCGGAUCCUGGCUGUCACCAUUUCAGAGAUGGAUACAGGGAAUGAUGACAAGCACACACUUCUUGCCAAAAAUGCUCAGCAGAAAAAGAGCUUGAGCUUGGGGCCUUCUGCAGCUGAAAUCAACCAAGGAACAGCCACAACGGAAGGAGUUACAAAGCGUUUGGCCGAAAAGAAUGACUUUGUGAUCUUCCUGUUUACUCUUAUGACAAGUAAGAAGACGUUCUUACAAACAGCAACCCUCAUUGAAGAUAUUUUGGGUGUUAAAAAGAAAUACGUUUCCUCACAAGCCGUAACUCAAACUUCUCUUCCGGUGGCUGCUGUGUCAGCCUCCAUCGUGUUCCCUCCUCCAGGGGCUUCGGAAGAGAAUGGUCUGCCUCACACUUCAACUAGGACCCAGCUGCCCCAGUCAAUGAAGAUUAUGCACGAGAUCAUGUAUAAACUGGAAGUGCUCUAUGUCCUCUGCGUGCUGCUGAUGGGGCGUCAGCGAAACCAGGUUCACAGAAUGAUUGCAGAGUUCAAGCUGAUCCCUGGGCUCAAUAAUUUGUUUGACAAGCUGAUUUGGAGGAAGCACUCAGCAUCUGCCCUUGUUCUCCACGGUCACAACCAGAAUUGUGACUGUAGCCCGGACAUCACCUUGAAGAUACAGUUUUUGAGGCUUCUCCAGAGCUUCAGCGACCACCACGAGAACAAGUACCUGCUGCUCAACAACCAGGAGCUGAACGAACUCAGCGCCAUCUCUCUGAAGGCCAACAUCCCCGAGGUGGAAGCCGUCCUCAACACCGACAGGAGUUUGGUGUGUGAUGGGAAGAGAGGCUUAUUAACCCGGCUGCUGCAGGUCAUGAAGAAGGAGCCAGCCGAGUCAUCUUUCAGGUUUUGGCAAGCCCGAGCUGUGGAAAGUUUCCUCCGAGGGACCACCUCCUAUGCAGACCAGAUGUUCCUGCUGAAGCGAGGCCUUCUGGAGCACAUCCUGUACUGCAUUGUGGACAGCGAGUGCAAGUCAAGGGAUGUGCUUCAGAGUUACUUCGACCUCCUAGGGGAGCUGAUGAAGUUCAAUGUUGAUGCAUUCAAGAGAUUCAAUAAAUAUAUCAACACUGAUGCAAAGUUCCAGGUGUUCCUGAAGCAGAUUAACAGCUCCCUGGUGGACUCCAACAUGCUGGUGCGCUGUGUCACUCUGUCGCUAGACCGAUUUGAAAACCAGGUGGACAUGAAAGUUGCCGAGGUCCUGUCCGAGUGCCGCCUGCUCGCCUACAUAUCCCAGGUGCCCACGCAGAUGUCCUUCCUCUUCCGCCUCAUCAACAUCAUCCACGUGCAGACGCUGACCCAGGAGAACGUCAGCUGCCUCAACACCAGCCUGGUGAUCCUGAUGCUGGCCCGGCGGAAAGAGCGGCUGCCUCUGUACCUGCGGCUGCUGCAGCGGAUGGAGCACAGCAAGAAGUACCCCGGCUUCCUACUCAACAACUUCCACAACCUGCUGCGCUUUUGGCAGCAGCAUUACCUGCACAAGGACAAGGACAGCACCUGUCUGGAGAACAGCUCCUGCAUCAGCUUCUCAUACUGGAAGGAGACGGUGUCCAUCCUGUUGAACCCAGACCGCCAGUCACCCUCUGCCCUUGUUAGCUACAUCGAGGAGCCCUACAUGGACAUAGACAGGGACUUCACCGAGGAGUGACCUUGGGCCAGGCCUCGGGAGGCUGCUGGGCCAGUGUGGGUGAGCGUGGGUACGAUGCCACACGCCCUGGUCUGUUCCAUCCUUCCCCUGCCCCCAUGCUGCUCUCUGCCGGCCCCAGGUCUUCAGGUACAGGCUUGGUGGGAGAGUGUCCUGGAAGCCCUUGGCCACGGGGUCUGAGGGCCCGGGUCAUGUGGAAGCCUCAGUUCCCUCACAGUCCCCAUGAUAAGGACAAGGGUACCAUGCUCACCCUUCCUUCAGAAUCCUGGGGCCCUGGCCCACCCAGCGAUAGGAGGACUUUUAACAUUAGCUCUGUCUGAGCUCCUGCCCAGUCUCUUGGCUGUCAGUCCCAGGCUGGGGAGGAGGAUAUGGGCACUCCCCCAAAUCUGUGAGCCAAGCCCUGCCCUAUUCCUGGCCUGUGGACCCAGGCAGAAGCUUCUGAGCCCUGGGCAGGGGUGGGGGGUACCAGAGAAUGCUGCCUUCCCCCAAGCCUGCCCCUCCCCAGACCCCCUCAUUUUCCUUUAGCUCCUCCGGUUUUGUUUGCUCAUGGGGCACAGGGUAGCUGUGCCUGCCCUGCCCCACCCCUGGGUAGCAUCUGCCUGAGCCCCGAUACAGGAGCCUGGCUGGUAGCUCACCCUUGGCCCCUCCUUGUGUUGCCAAUUUAUUAACAGCAAAUAAACCCAGUAAAUGGAGACUAUUAAAGAACUUUAU